AUGUAUGCAACGCAAGAUUUAGGCCACAGCACGCUCAAGCGAGGUGGAACCGUGCAGGAUGACGGGGACCCCGCGGGGCCUUCUGGGCCGGCAGGUCCCCUGAAGUCCUACUCAUCGACAAAGGAGGGGUGGAGAGGGCGAGGGCGCGACCUUAUUCGCCGGUUCUGGAGCGUUGUGAAUCCAACUUGGUCCUGCACCGAGACGCGACACAGGCUCGACGCGUCCACAUCCGCGAAGCUCAAAUCGACAUACUGGCUUACGCGGAUUGUUUUCUUGCGCUCCCUGGGCUUUGUUUACUUCUUUGCUUUCCUUGUUGCCUUCAACCAGGCUCAAGGACUCAUCGGCUCGGAUGGGAUUCUCCCCGCGACCGACUACGUGCAGACCGUGAAGGAUUCGUUCGGGGACUCAGAGGCGUGGGAGCGGGUCAAGGCGUUCCCUUCCCUGUUUCUCUUAUUGCCAGCCACAGACUUUUGGAUCCACGCCGUCCCCUUGCUUGGGAUGGUAAUCUCCUUGUGCAUGGUCAUCCAAGGCGCAAGCAGUGGCUUCCUUUUGUUUUUUCUCUGGAUCCUCUACCAGACGGUGAACAGCGUCGGGCAAGUAUGGUUCAGCUUCGGCUGGGAGUCGCAGCUGCUCGAGCUCGGUUUCCUCGCCAUCUGGCUCUGUCCGUUCUGGAGUUUUUCGCGGCUGCCUCCGUCCUGGCCUACCCCGAAAGUUUGCAUCUGGGGCAACCGGUGGCUUCUAUUCAGACUCAUGCUCGGCGCGGGCCUCAUCAAGCUCAGAGGGGACGCUGCGUGGCGCGACUUGACAGCGCUGGACUACCACUACGAGACGCAGCCGCUGCCGAAUCCCUUUUCGUGGUACUUCCAGAACCAGCCGCACAGCUUGCAUGCGGCGCAAGUUGUCGUGACGCACAUCGUGGAGUGCGUCCUUUCGUUUCUCGUCAUUAUCCCGUUCCGUCAGUGCCGGCUGUUUGGCGGCGUGGUUCAAAUCCUCUUCCAGCUCGGAAUUCUCGUAUCUGGGAACCUCGCCUUCCUCAACUACAUGACAGUCGUGUCUGCCGUCAUGUGCCUGGAUGACCACUUCCUGGCCUGCCUCUUCCCAUACAAAAACCUCUCGCGCCUCCCCGAACUCGUCCAGGGCUGCGGCGGCUCCUGGUCGUGCCCUCUGGUUCAGGCUUGGCCCUUCCGGAGACCCCCGCGGGCUUCCUUCUCGGAAGAAAAGAAUGGGGACGAGCCAAGAGAAGCGGCAGAAGCAGAGGCGCCUCUUCUUCGUGACGAAGAUACUGGCCUCGAAGGAAAACUUCCUCUGACUGCGAAGGAGGAGGAGAAUGUGGAUGCGCCGCGGAGUUGCUGCUGCUGGUAUCGGCCGCAUUUUCUCCGCUGGGUCCGCGCGCUUAGAGUUCCCCGUCGAGCGCGCAAGGAGAUGGAAGACGAGAUCAAGAGCAACUGGGGGAAAAUGCUUUGUGAACUGAUUGCGUCGUCAGCAAUGCUGGCGUGCAUGGCUUUCGUCACGAACCCAGCCACGUCGGCUGUCUGGAUGGUGAUCGCUGUGUUUUUCUUCGCGAUCAUCCUGUCGUCGUCGUCGACGUUCUUCACAAAGACUCUGGUUUCCAAUGUCUUCGUGGAACUUGUCCUUCUAGUGGUGACCCUGUGGAGCUUUAUUUCGCUCUACCAGCACGGCCCGGCUGUGUGGUCUGUCUGGCUGACUGCUUGUCUUUUUACGGUUCUUAUUGCCUUCGCGUAUACGACACUGACAAACGCCGCACUCAUUUUCAAAGUCCAUGUCGAAGUCCUACUGUUCCUGCUCAUCGCGGUCCUCUCCGUGCCGGUUGUCCACAAUCUCCUGUCACCGCACCAGGUUAUGGACUCAGACCUCGGGAAUCCCUUCUCCCUGGUCAACACUCACGGAGCCUUCGGCUCCAUCGCGAAGGAGCGCUACGAACUCAUUAUUCAAGGCACGAAUUCAGCAUCCCCGGACCAUGAUGCAGAGUGGCUCAACUACGAGUUCAGGUGCAAGCCCGGAAACCUCUAUCGGCGGCCCUGUAUGGCCGCGCCCUACCACUAUCGACUCGACUGGCUGAUGUGGUUCGCAGCCACGGGCGACCUCGGCACGGCCGACGGGAACUCCGCGUGGUUCUCCCGAUUUCUCGUGAAGCUUCUGGAGAAUUCGAAAAGCGUGACGGGGCUGCUGGCUCAUAAUCCGUUCGACGGCUCUGACCCGCCAACUGCAUUGCGAGUUCUGCGAAUGCAGUACCGCUUCACCAAGCGACCGGCUUUCGGCAAUGGGCCCUGGUGGGAGGUCGUGCCGCAGACCGAAGAAGUUUUCGUUUCUCCCUCGCAGGUGCCGGGGGCAGCUGCGCAUCUGAGCGAGCAGCUGGAGAUCCUGCGCAGACGCGAAGAAAGCCGGAGACGGGAGGCGCGCAUGCGGCAAGAAGCGGAGAGACGAAGGAGAGAAGAAGAGGCUUUUGAGCGGCGCAUGCGGUGGGCGAGGGAGGAGGAACAACGCCGGAGGCGCGAGGCCGAGGAAGCAGAAAAACAGAGACUGGAAGAGCAGAAGCGACAGGCGGCAGAAGAGAAGCGGGCGCGUGAGGCGGAGGAGGCACGAAGGAAAGCCGAGGAAGAAGCGCAGCGGCGUGCAGCCGAAGAGGAGCUGAAACGAAGAGGGGAGGCAGAAUCUAGAAAGCUGGAAGAGCAGCGCGCGGCAGAGGUCGCGCAGAAAGAGGCCAACGAAAACGCGCUGAAGGCCGCGGAGGAAGAAGAGAAAAGGCGGAGAGAGGAGGAGCUCGCUGAGGCCAAAAGGCAAAUGGAAGCGCGAGAAGCAGAGGAAAGGCGCCGAAAAAGAGAAGAGGAACAGAGGCAACAGGCCGCGCGCGUCGCGGUGGAAAAAGAGGCCGAGGCCGAGCGGAAAAGGCAAGAAGAGGCGAGAGCAAGAGAGGCAGAAAGGGCAGAACGAGAGAGGCUAAAAAUGCUUCCUCAGGCGCACCGAGAGCGUCGCGGCGAGGUCCACGUGGCUGCAGAGACGCCCGCCAGCGGUGGCGGAGUGCCCCUGCGCUUGGGGCCUCUCCUUCUGAGCCGUGUAAAGAAACGGAAUCUGCUAGCGUAA